AUGGAAGAACAAUUUCAAAUGUUGUUUGAUAAAAUGAAAAUCGAAAUUAAAAAUCAAACAGCUGAAUUAACAGAAUCCAUAUCCAACACCAUUAUGUGUAGAAUGGAAGAAAAACUACAGCCGAUUAUUGAAGAAAAUAAAUUAUUGAAAACAACCGUAGAAAAACUACAGAAUGAAGUGAAGCAGUUGAAAUGGGAGAAAAGAAGUAAGAACAUAGUGAUAUUUGGAUUAAAAGAAGGGGAAAAUUCAACCUCAGAGCUACUAAAGAAGAUCAAAGAAGUUUUCCAACAUGACGCACGACUAGUUAUUGAAGAUUGCGACGUCAAUAAGGUACAUCGUAUUGGGGAAGGGAAAAGUAAUGAUAAACCAAGACCUAUUCUUUUUUCCUUUGUUAGUCAUAUGAAGAAAGCUGAAAUAUUAGCUAACAAAAAGAAAUUGAAAGAAGUAUACAUCACCGAAGAUUAUCCAAAAGAAGUAUUAGAAAAAAGAAAAGCCCUAUUACCUAAGCUAAAAGAAGAAAGGAACAAGGGAAAUCUAGCGUAUUUAAAGUUUGAUAAGUUAGUAGUUAGAGAAAAUAAUCAGAAUAAAGAAAAAAGAAAACGAGAAUCAUCCACUUCUCCACAAUUCAACCUGCAACCUAGAAAACAACAAAAUAUUACAGCCUCAAAAACAAACAGAAUAAAUGCAUUUGAUAUAAUGAGAAAUAGAUCGAACUCCUUUUCAACUCUGUCAGGAAAUAACCAAUAG